GCGGAGAAGUUGUCCGCGUCGGGGCGGUGCGCACCGACCUCUCCGCGCUACAGGGGAGCGCAGCGCAAAGGAAAAUGCUCCGAUCUUAACAGRACGUUUGGAGCAGCUCGGAGACAAGAACCUCGUUGUUCUGCAUCACUUUUUUUUUGUUCCACCCUGAAGAAAGCACCGCCAGGCGCAGAUGUAGCCAUGGAUUUCUCCGGGAAACUCACCACCGUCCUCCUGCUGGGGAUCCUCGCAGUGCAAGGCUGUUUUUCAUCUAAAGCCGAGGACAGAUUAUUCCGCCGGCUGUUUCGAAGGUACAACCAGUUCAUCCGACCAGUGGAGAACGUCUCUGAUCCUGUCACCGUGGAGUUUGAAGUGUCCAUAUCUCAACUGGUCAAAGUGGAUGAAGUGAAUCAGAUCAUGGAAACUAAUCUGUGGUUAAGACAUGUGUGGAACGACUACAAACUGAGAUGGACUCCAGUUGAUUAUGAUGGGAUCGAGUUCAUUCGAGUUCCAUCCAACAAGAUUUGGAGGCCAGAUAUUGUCCUGUACAACAACGCCGUGGGUGAUUUCCUGGUGGAAGACAAGACCAAAGCUCUGCUGAAAUUCGACGGUACAAUCACUUGGGUUCCCCCAGCUAUAUUCAAGUCCUCCUGCCCGAUGGACAUCACGUACUUCCCCUUUGAUUACCAGAACUGCUCCAUGAAGUUUGGCUCCUGGACCUACGACAAGGCCAAGAUUGACUUGGUGCUGAUUGGCUCAAAGGUGAACCUAAAGGACUUCUGGGAAAGUGGAGAGUGGGAGAUCAUCGAUGCACCCGGAUACAAGCACGACAUCAAGUAUAACUGCUGUGAAGAAAUCUACCCGGACAUCACCUACUCCUUCUACAUCCGCCGCCUGCCCCUCUUCUACACCAUCAACCUCAUCAUUCCCUGCCUCCUCAUCUCCUUCCUCACCGUGUUGGUCUUCUACCUCCCAUCGGACUGCGGGGAGAAGGUCACCCUGUGCAUCUCGGUCCUGCUGUCCCUCACCGUGUUCCUGCUGGUCAUCACAGAGACCAUCCCCUCCACGUCACUCGUCAUCCCUCUGAUCGGCGAGUACCUCCUCUUCACCAUGAUUUUCGUGACGCUAAGCAUCGUCAUCACUGUCUUCGUGCUGAACGUGCACUACCGCACGCCCAUGACUCAUACUAUGCCGGAGUGGGUGAGGAUGGUGUUCCUUGGGGUGUUACCCAGAGUGAUGCUGAUGAGGCGACCCAUUGACCAGAGCUGCUCAUCGCCAGCCAAAGUUACAGGAGGGACGGGAGGAGGAGGAGGAGGAGGAGGAGGAAGAGGAGGAAGAGGCAGCAGUGGGCGUUUCAAGAUGAGAAAGAACAGUGUGGGAGGAGGGAGCAGCUCAGGCAGUGUAAGUGUUGGUGGUAUAACUGGGGGGGUACCGUGUCCAACUCUGGACAGCGGAUCAGGAGGCGGAGGAACCUCCUCAGCUGGCGGCUCCAUGAAUUGCGUGGAGUACGGUGAGAUGAACCGCGACCUGAACCGAGACAUGACCAGGAGGUUCCCCUACAGAGGGAAGGAGGUGCCGACUCCUGUUCCACCCCCGAUGGUUCCGCCUCCUCCUCCUCAACAGGCAACUCCCACUCAGGGGCCCUCGGAUUCUGAGCUGCCGAAGGUACCGAGGCCCCUAAACGCCUCGUCGCCGGUCAACGCCGUGGUCGCCUUUUCUGUGGUGUCACCAGAGAUCAAGCAGGCCAUCGAGAGCGUGAAGUAUAUCGCAGAGAACAUGAGGACUCGCAACAAAGCCAAGGAGGUGGAGGACGACUGGAAGUAUGUUGCCAUGGUCAUCGACAGGAUUUUCCUUUGGGUUUUUGUGACAGUGUGCGUGCUGGGAACUCUGGGACUCUUUCUCCAGCCGCUCAUCAGCUUUUUAAAAUGAGACACUUGUCUUUGUCCUUGUCUUUCUUGCCACSCCCAUCCCCUCAUCUGCUUCUGUGUUUUUGUACCUCACUUGAAUCUUUCCGAGAAUUGUCUUCUCAUGCAGCAGUAUCACAUUAAACACAAGCGCAUUAAUGGGAACGCCAUCAUCAGCCAUCACUUUUA